GGCCGUGUUUACAUUUGGAGCAGCAGUCGUCGACGAUUGGAAACGGAGUCAGAUGUAAUAAUAAAUUAAAGAAGAAUUUAUGUUAUUGUUGCAGUGCUAAGGAUUUUUCGACAUGGCUUUGGUGGUUGGAAGAUGCUUGUUGGGGUCACAAAGCCCCCUCGUCCAAACCCUCCGGUUUAGAACAAGAAAGCCAAACCUUCGAAAGCCAGCCAUACCUCACUGGGAUCGGGCAUUAGUACUCAAGGUGACAGAACCUUUUUACCCAGCUAAAAGUUCACAAGAGCAUCCUGCUAAUAAUUGUAACAAGAAAAGAAGUGCUCUUCAGAAUGAUGACAAAAAGGUUAAUCCAUUUGAACAAAUUUUGGCACAAGAAUUCCUAGAGAAGAUCAGGAAUGCCAAAGUUGUUGCCAUCUUUCAUAGAAAUCCCAUGUCUGCAGAAGACAUCUUUACUAUGCGUCUUCAGCUACACAAAAUCAAGUUGGAAUACUUACAUUACAAUAAUAGUAUUGCUAGACUUGCAUUCUCUGGAUCAGAGUUUGAUGCUCUGUUGAAGUUAUAUGAAUCAGACACACUCACUGUUGUAGGAGAGGCAUCUGUAGCCAAGUUACUCAAACUUGAAAAGAAGCUGGUAGGUUUGGUUCUGCUAGCUGGUGUUGUUGAGGGCCGUCUCAUGAGUGUGGCAGACAUGAAACGUUAUGCUGCCCUUCCCUCUCUGGAUGGUGCCAGGGGCCAGCUGCUGUCCAUCCUCAGUGCUCCUGCUCAGAAACUUUCACAGAAUAUGACAUCUCACCAGAGAGAAUUGUCAUCAGCUCUUGGACGUUAUAUAUCAGAUCAGACUCCAACGCCGCAAGCAGAAGAACAAUAAGUGAGUGGAGUAAUAUUUAUAAUAAGUAAAUAGCCCAUGAGAGUGGAGUAAUGUCAUAACUUGUUUUUUCCUCAUCAUCUGUACAUUAUGUAUUAUAGCUGUUUAAUAAAAAAAACAUAUGAAAGUAA